GAGCGGAAGCCGCGUUUGUUGUUCUUCCUUCUGUUUCCGAGACGUUUAGGGUCUAAACGGGUUCAACAGCCGUGUCUGCAUGUCUCUACCAAUUCCCUCUAUAAAUCGUCUUCUACUGCUCCCGAAUGAAGAUUAACAGGUAUGCCAAAGGAAAAAUAUGAUCCUCCUGAUCCCCGCAGAUGUUACACCAUCAUGCCAGCAGAGGAGGCGGCCAAUGGGAAGAAGUCUUACUGGGCCGAGCUCGAGAUUUCUGGACGAGUGAGGAGCCUGAGCAACUCGUUAUGGACGCUCACCCACCUGACGGCGCUGCACAUCAACGACAAUAACCUGAGCCGCAUCCCACCGGACAUUGCCAAGCUACCCAACCUGGUCUUCCUGAACCUGUCGUCCAAUAAGCUCCGCAGCCUGCCCGCCGAACUGGGCAACAUGGUCUCUCUCAGGGAAUUGCUUUUAAACAACAAUCUUUUACGAGUUCUACCUUAUGAACUUGGGAGGCUUUUCCAGUUACAAACCUUGGGGCUAAAAGGAAACCCUUUGUCCCAAGACAUCCUCAAUCUGUACCAGGAGUCGGAUGGAACCAGAAAGCUUUUGAACUACAUGCUCGACAAUCUAGCAGUGCACCCAGAGCAGCUCCCCCAAAGACCUUGGAUCACUCUGAAAGAGCGAGACCAAAUGACUCCCACAGCCGUGUUCACGGUUAUGUGCUACAACGUGCUGUGCGACAAGUACGCCACGCGACAGCUGUACGGCUACUGUCCAUCCUGGGCCCUUAACUGGGAGUACCGCAAGAAAGGCAUCAUGGAGGAAAUCACCAGCUGUGACGCUGACAUCAUCAGCCUGCAGGAGGUGGAGACAGAGCAGUACUACACUAUGUUUCUGGAAACGCUGAAGGAGCGCGGCUACGACGGCUACUUCUGCCCAAAGUCUCGUGCCAAACUUGUUUCUGAACAGGAGAGGAAACACGUGGACGGCUGCGCUGUGUUUUUCAAGACCGAAAAGUUUACUUUGGUCCAGAAACACACUGUGGAGUUCAACCAGGUGGCCAUGGCCAACUCUGAGGGCUCAGAGGUCAUGCUGAACAGAGUGAUGACCAAAGACAACAUCGGGGUGGUCGUUCUGCUCGAGGUCAACAAGGACAUGUUCUCCGAUGGUAUGAAGCCCCCACAGGAGAGGCAGCUGAUCCUGGUGGCCAACGCCCACAUGCAUUGGGACCCCGAGUACUCGGACGUCAAGUUGAUCCAAACUAUGAUGUUCCUGUCUGAGCUGAAGAGCAUCGCUGAGAGGGCCUCAGGCUCCAUGGCGACCGGUUCGCCGACCUCCAACCCGUCCUCCAUCCCCAUCGUCCUUUGUGCUGACCUCAAUUCGCUGCCCGACUCUGGUGUGGUGGAAUACCUGAGCAACGGAGGAGUGGCCGAGAACCACAAGGACUUCAAGGAGCUACGCUACAAUGAAUGUCUGACCAACUUCAGCUGCAACGGCAAGAACGGCAACUCAGAUGGAAGCAUCACACACAGCUUCCAGCUGAAGAGCGCCUACGACAGCAAUCUGAUGCCUUACACCAACUACACAUAUGACUUUAAGGGCGUUAUCGACUACAUCUUCUUCUCCAAGACCCACAUGAGUGUCCUGGGCCUGAUGGGACCGCUGGACAGCCAGUGGCUCAUCGACAACAACAUCACUGGCUGCCCCCAUCCCCACAUCCCCUCGGACCACUUUUCCCUGCUCGCCCAGCUGGAGCUUCACCCUCCCCUGCCCCACCCGCUCAAACCCCUCAACGGACUGCACCUGCCCGUCCACAGGUAGUGCAGCCGGAGAGAGCCCCACCAACCCCUUCCUGCCUCACCUUAAAAAACACUGUCAUCCCCCCGCCCCCCCUCCAGCUUUAUACAGGACACUGUACAGUUUACUGAUCAUGUUAAAACUCAGACACCAUCUGACCCUUCCAACCCUGAGAUACACCUUCACAAAAGGAGUGAAGUAUUCGCCCGUUUGUUGCUCCUUCUUGUGUUUUUGCACACUGUAAAUGUUUGUUUUAUUACAUUUUCCCCCCCUUGAAAAGGCUUGAUACCAAAUGUUGGGCUUGGGACGAAGUUGCGAUGGUAACCCCCAAUGUCAGUUGUUUUAUUUGCCUUAGAUCAUAACCGCUUGUAGAUUCUGCUCCUACAACAACAAACCUUAACUAUUAACUUUUUAAAGAAAAAACACACAAAUCAGAUUAGCGGGAUUUUUUUCUUUCUCAUUUCACAUAGCUGUGAAAUUUUAGAGUAAAAACACAACAAAAUAUUAUUGCUGCAACACAACAAUCCCAGUCGAUAGAACUGGAACCUGCUAUCACUCCCUAAUUAACUGACAGGUAUUUUAAUGAAAGGAGGAACCCUACAAACUACAAGUUAGGAAUGUUUACGAGGACGUGAAACGUUUGUUUACAAUCACAGGUCCGUAUUUUCAUCAGCCGAGAAACACCAAAAUACUUAAUUCAGUUAAACGUUAUAGCUGCGUUUUUAAAGAUUAAAAAGUACUGAUUGGGCGUUUUUUUUAAAUAAUGUAACGACACUAAAUUGGUGUGUUUCGUGGUGUGUAUGGGAACGAGAAUAUGAAAUCAUCUCUUGCCACAGCUGCUUGUAAAUAACAACAGCACUGAUAAUAUCGAAGACAGAUUAUUUUAGGGGGCUUUCAGAUUGAUACUUGUUUUGUGGAUAAUUUGGGAUUAUGUUGCCUGGUCCAAUUUGAAGGAUUUCACCCGACUCAUCCUUCUUGCCAGGUAGCAAAUCUCAACCAGAAAGCUACCUCACGGUGCUGCGUUAAUGUUGCUGAGCUGCUGUGUUCACUUCUGUCAUUUUUUUUCUUACAUAAAACAGGUCUUGAACCUCUCUUUAGUUGCUAAAUAUUUAACUUGCAGAGGUAUCGUGUUCAUCUCGUCCGAUUUAUGCUCAUUGUGAUUUAAAAGAUUUCUGCAGCACGAUGAUGUAAUAAAAUGAUUGGUUCAUGUCAAAUCAGUGCUCAGAUCUCAAAUAUUAAUAAGCAUUGCAAACAAAUUAGCCCCCUACUCUUUGAAUUGCAUUGAAAAAAAUAGUUUAAGACAUGAAAUAUAUUUCAAACACAAUUCUGACAUUGACCAACAAUGCGCUUAAUACUUUUAGCUUUUUGAGUCGUGCUUUCAAACACCUACGGUCUUAAGAGUGUCGUCCCGUUUCCCCUUACCUCACUGGCCAAAGAAUCUCCCCGGAAUGAGUGACUUAUGCUCUGUCGACAAUAAGAUAUUUAUUUAUUGUUGCCAGAGGGAAAAAAAACUUCCUGAGAAGAAUCUGCCAAUGAUUUGUGACUAGGAGCCGAAUGUAUCCCUAUGAAAUUGGUUGUCGGAGCCUCUUAAUGCCAGAUUCCUGUGGACUUUGUAUAUUUGUGCCAGAUGAUUAGAACUCAUAGCCCUUUAUGUAAGUUGUAACUCAGGGCUAUGCUAUGCAUCCAGCAGUACCUCUCAAACUGAAGACUCUCAGAGUCACGUCGUAAGAGCAAAACCAAACGGCAAGCUAUUAGUAUGGAAACCCUUUAUAAAGCACAGGUAAUGUAUGUAUGUACUUACAUACAUAUAUGUUGUUGUUGUAGAAGUCCCACGUCUUGGUGCAUUUUUUAUAAAACUGCUGCUAGCCUUUUGCUUUAUUAUCAAAAAAGAAAUUAGUCUAACUUUUGAGGUGCCAAAAGGUGCAAAAAGUGUUUAUUUAAAUUUGGUUAAAACAUUUUCAUUUUGUUUACUUGUAAGGCUUUUUAAGAGUGGCACGAGUAAUGUGGGAUUGAUAGGAUUAAUGAAUGCAGUGGUAGGACUGGGUAUUAAUACUGAUGCAGUACCUGAGUUUCAGUACCAAUAUUAUUUUGAGAAAUUCCAAAUUAAAAACAUUUUUGAAAAAAUAAAGCGAUUUCUCUACAGAACCCCUUUUGUCUGUUACAAUAGGGGCCAGACUUCUCAAAUGUUUAAUAUCAUCUAAACCAGUGGCUCCAAACCUGGUGUCAUGAGAUAAUUAACAUGGUAGCAAACAAGACAUUUUUAUUUUCUAUCUUUAUUUUUGGGACUUUUAUGUAGUCUUUGCUUCUUCUUUUUUUCUGUAUAGUUGGUGUCAGGUAAAUUCUAAAAAGACAAUAUACAUCUCUGAUUCAAGAAUCGGUUCAAAAGAUUACGAAUCUGGUCAGACGUUCAAUGCCAGCUUUCAGUACUUGACAUUUCUCGAUACUUUGACACUUUUUGAUGGGUCCAAAAAUAAAAUAUCGAGGUUUGAUACCCAGCCCUACCUCUGCAGGGGAACUCUGUAAUAGCUGCCUACACAUGCACUCACAGUGUUUAACAUAUCAGGCACAUUUCACACUGUAGUGUCUAGUAAACCCUGAUGUUUUGAGAUUGAAUUAGUUAAAUUAGUCAAAGCAUUUGCUCUGUUCAGUAUUUGAAUAGAAAAGCCAUAAUUUUGGGAUAAAUGGUGUCUGCACAACACAGCACCCUGUAACCUCAGCUUUAAACCAUAGUCAGAUCAGUAUCGGCUUUGCUUCAUUUGCACAUGAUUUGACGCCGACAUUAAUGCUAACGGAUACACCUCCGGUUUUGGUGGAGUUGAUGAAGUCUAUCUUUUUGAGCAUUUUGAGGCCUAUACUUCACUCCUAAACUCACAGGGUUUUCUGAUUUUGUACAACAGCUGUACAUGAUUUAAAUUGCCUUUGCUGGCAGGGCAUCUUUCACAUCUGUGAGGGUAAUGUACCAUUCUCUGAUUAAGGGGCGUAUUUUUCUCACAAAUCAAAGAUGUACCUGGUGUUGUACUUUUUUUUUUUUUUGCACAGUGCACUAAGAUCUCAUAUGUGAAUACAACUUCCACCUGUCUCUGAUACUCUUGUAGAGACAAAACUGGUCUCAGUCCAACUUUUAUUUUGAACUAUUUUCAGCAAUUUCUGUCUCUAACAUACAUGCAGUCUUUCAAUUGGUACUUUGUACAAUUCAGUAUUACCAAGUUUUUGAGAAAAAAAGAUAAAUGUUCUAGGUUUAAAAGCAGUUUGUCUUGAUGGCUUUCAUUUCUCCAGUGCACAUCUUUUCACGCUCUGAGAUGCUUAAUCAAAAUUAAUUUGGUACUCUGAUGUUUUUCCAAAAAUGUUUUUCGAGAUCCCCUUUACACAUACCAUCCAACAUCCACAGCCACUUCCUUUACUAUCAUUACCUAGAGCAUUUGCCCUGUUAAUUUUGUCUCUGUAGAGCACACCUCACAUACUUUUUCUACAAACAACGUGCCUAGUUUGUACAAUUUCUCCAACAGCAGCACUGCCCAUGAGACCAAGACGCUCAGAGAUUAACCCAGCGCCAUCAUCCAUCCAUCCAGCCAGCCAUCCUUUCAUCCCUCCAAUCCAAUCCAGUGACAUCAUAAAGAAUUGAUACUGAGGAAUCAUUGCUUACCUCAGACUGCUUUCUGUUUUUUUUUAUCAAAUCACUUUUUUGUAUCCAUAACAUCAAGGACACUUAAUUUCUACCAGAUAUCUGAAAUUCACACACACUUGUUUUGUUGCAGUUUCUCUGCAAAGAGGUGGCUGUAUCUUUCACAAGAUUAUCACGACCAUCAUCGCAUGGAUUUCUGAAUGUAAAAACCCUGUUGUUCAAUAUCUGGCCCUGUUUUUUUUUUUUUUUUUUAUCUUCCACUGUUGAGUUUAUCCGGGCUGAUUUUACAGCAAUGUGGUUGCUACAUGAGGUUUUAAGUCUUUGGUGGCCAAUAAGACGCAUGAGGAUUAUCUGACAAAGCAUUUAGCAUUUGGACAAAGGGUUUGCUGUCUUUAAUCUGCUUUUACAUGUUGAAUUUGACGGCCUCAAACUAGGCCAGGUCGCUGCAUUCAAAUCGGGAAACUUAAAGGAUGCUGCGUAAAUGUUUUCUCCCAGUGUAUUAACCUGUGAAUAAUUCACGGGAAAAGGAAUUC